GAAGCUAUUAUAGAAGACCCACGCCGACCCAAGCCACUCAUGUAACCCUGGCAAUCUAAACUCAUUACAAGACAAGCUCCAUGGAUGGUUUGUUUGGAAGCUUGUAAAGGAAACAUUACAUGGCUUGGACAAAAAGUAAAGUACAUCCUAAAGAAGAAGGAAACGACAUCGUCUUAACAAGUGAUAAGUGUCUCGAGAGAACGACAUCGUUCAGUCAAGUGGAACUGCCUCAUGAAACGACGUUGCAAGAGGAAACAGUCCGCCAAGGAUGAAACGUCGUCGCUGCGGAAGAUGACCAUUGCAAUUG